AUGGCUACCAAGGUGAAAGCAGACGGCAAGACGCCGCCCUCGGCGGCAACCAACUUGAUUGCCGGAGGCGCUGCCGGUAUGAUGGAGGCGCUCGCGUGUCAUCCACUGGACACGAUCAAGGUUCGCAUGCAGCUGUCGAGGCGAGCGCGGCAACCUGGCGCACCAAAACGCGGGUUCGUUCGUACUGGUGUCGAGAUUGUGAAGCGUGAGACACCCCUAGCGCUGUACAAGGGCUUGGGAGCUGUCAUGACUGGCAUCGUGCCGAAGAUGGCCAUUCGUUUCACGAGUUUCGAAACCUACAAGCAGCUGCUGGCUGAUAAGAGCACGGGGGUCGUCACCGGCCUCGCUGCAGGUGUUACAGAAGCCGUCGCUGUUGUCACGCCUAUGGAGGUGAUCAAGAUCCGCCUGCAGGCGCAACACCAUAGCAUGGCCGAUCCGCUCGACGUCCCCAAGUACCGCAAUGCUGCGCAUGCGUUAUUCACAGUGGUCAAGGAGGAAGGUGUUGGUGCCCUUUACCGCGGCGUGAGCCUGACAGCCCUGCGCCAGGGCUCCAACCAGGCCGUCAACUUCACCGCGUACAGCUACUUCAAGGAGGCGCUCAAGAACUGGCAACCUCAGUACGAGGGCACCAACUUGCCGAGCUGGCAGACGACUUGCAUUGGUCUCGUUAGUGGUGCGAUGGGCCCAUUGAGCAACGCGCCCAUCGACACAAUCCCGCCGAGGUUGCAGAAGGCGCCAGCCGAGUUCGGAACCACUGUCACAUUCACCGUGUACGAAUACAUCAAGGAAAGACUUGAGAAGAGCAAUCUCGCGUUCACCGGAGGCAAGUACGAGGAAUAG